AUGGCGCGGUUACCUGGGAUCGGGCGGUGGCGAGGGGAGUCCGCUCUCCCGCCGCUGCUGGUCCGCGGACGCGCCGGGCCCGUCGCUUUCCCCGGCGGCCCGGAGAGCUCCUCGGCCCCCGCCCCGAGGCGUCCCGGCCAGGCCGCCCCUCCUCAGUGCCGCGCCGCUGCCCGCGCGGGCCGGACCGCCUCGAGCUCCCGGGCCGCCCCGCGGCGGGGGGCCUCUCUCGCUGGGCGCCUGGCUCCCCUCACCCGCUCCCACCCCCUGGGCGGCCGCGGAGCCGAGGGGAGGGCGGGAAGGGCCUCCCGAGGAGAGCAGGAGGGCGCGAACGCAGGCUCCGCCACCCGAGCCGCUCCGUUACCGCAGCAGCGACGACGACCAGGGCCGUGUUGUUGCUGCCAACUUGUCGAGAACACACUGAGCAUGCGCGCGCGGGGACCACAUCCGGGUCACUUGUCCCUGUGAUGAAGUUCACAGCAGAGCUGGAAUUUGAACUCUGCCCACAAUGUGUGGCAUGGUGCUACCCUGCAACCCAGAUAGCUCUACCCUGAAGCCAGGGCUGGGAGGGCCUCCUGAUCAGAUGCUCAGAGCAGCGUUUCUCCUACUUCAACAUGCACACAGAUCACUUGGGGAGCAUGUUAAAAAGUCCAUCCUGAUUCCUUGGAUCUGAGGGUAUGACACAAAGGCCCAGGAAUGCGGCUUACACAGUCCUGACUCUACAGCUGGCCCUCCAUCCUCACUGCUCUCCCAGGAGAAGGUGGGAACUGGCUUCUUCAGCCAAGGACAAAGCCACGGUGGACAAUCGCAGGUCCAGGCCCAAGGCUGGUCUGCAACUCCUGGGCUCAAGCAAUCCGCCUGCCUCCGAGUGCUGGGAUUACAGGCACGAACCACUGCCCCCAGCCGAUCAUCACCACUUUGGAGUCUCCACAACUAGCCAGGAGUCAAAAAUUUUGGCCAGAGAAGCCCCAGAACCCAGAGGAAUCGAACAGUAAGUACUACAACAGUGUUUCUAAGUAUGUGUGCUGUAAAGCUCUCCAGGUUCCUGAGAUGUUAAUUGGUAGUACCUGGUGAAAUAGGACUGAGAAAGGGGUUCAAUAGAGCUGACAGGCCUCUGUACUGCAGGAUUUCUCAACACAUUUAAGCAAUGUGCUAUGCCCCUUAUAUAUGUUGUCUUGUUUAACAAUCUAUGACAUGGGUCUUAUGUUUUUCCCAUUUUUGAAAUGAACAAGCUGAAGAAACUCGGAGAGUGAGUUACCUGCUCCAGACCACACAGAGGUACCACCAUAAGUCACAGAACGGGACUGUAGGAUCAGGUCUUUCUGGCAUCCAACACUGGUUUACGAUCAUUUGAAGCAAUACUGUUUUUAAUAUGUUGAUGGGCACUACACCACUCCUAGAAGGACAGACAGCAAUAAAGUGUUUCCCAAACUGAUUUGACUGAGGAGCCCCUUUGAGUGAAUCAGCACUCAAGACUAGCCAUGGAGCAUGUUUUAAGAAACAUUGUUGGGGAAAUAAUGUUUACUAAUAGGGACACAUAAAUGAAACCUUAGUUUAGCCGGGCGCAGUGGCUCAAGCCUGUAAUCCCAGCACUUUGGGAGGCCGAGACGGGUGGAUCACGAGGUCAGGAG